GGGGUUUCAAUUGAGGCACUUCGCCCACUUCUCCCACUUCUCGCGCUAGUGCGAGCAUGAUCGGCCAUCACAGUGCCCUUUUGACCCCAACAGUCCCGAGACUGUGGUAGUGGGUACAUUUCUGGUAAUGCCAAUUGCUCUUUCAAUAUUCCAGGCUCUCACGACGUCGAAGGUACAGUGAUAGUAUGGCGGACAGCAACUUCGAAAGGAUACGUUCUGCAGUCAUUGACGGUCGAGCACAGGCCCCGCGAUACAUCCAGAGGCAGCUCCUUCGGCUUCAUGAUGCACUCAGAGAGAACCAGGCCGCGAUUCGUCAAGCAUUGCUACAGGAUUGCGGCUGUUCUGGCUCGGACAUUGACUCCGAAUUAUACUUGACCUCUAGAGCUAUUCGGCAGGAAUACGAAGCAUUGGACGUGUCGGGUUUCCUCGAAGAAGAGUACAGCCUUGCUCGACGGAAGGACAACUUGUCCAGACGUGUCGCCACAGGUGCAGUCUAUAUCAUCCCAUGUCAGCAUAGCCGGCUAUAUUCCACUCUCCAACCUGCAGCUGCAGCGAUCGCGGCAGGGAACUGUGUCAUUGUGGAGUUGAGUCUGACAGUCUCUCGACUCAAUUCUCUUCUGCGAAAAGUGCUCCAGGGCGUAAUGGACAAGGACACGUUCGUCGUCCUAGAGUCCAGACCGGACGACCCCGAAUUUUUUGCGCAGAACUGUGUCAUCAUUGAUGGGACCUUGAACGCAACUGAGCCGAACUCUCUGCAGACGGUCUCUGCGUCGGCGACAAGGGCCAUUGCAGUUGUUGAUCGCACUGCAAAUGUUGCGGAAGCAGCAAAGGAGGUUGUAAGAGCGCGACUGAACUUCCAGGGGAAGUCUCCAUACUCGCCUGACCUUGUCUUGGUCAACGAGUUUGUGCUGAAGGAUUUCUGCACCGCUGCCGUCCAGUAUGCAACAAGAGCAUUGGUCGGGAAUGUGGAUCCAGACCUCUCUUCUGAGUCUUCCAGGAAGCCGAAGGUCCAACAGCCCAACAGCCAGCUUCAAAAGGAGAUUCAGCAGUACGGUGCCACGACCCUUGUUUCUGGGUCCAGAGGUAGCGUCGUGCUCGUGCAAGACCGGAACUGUCUACUCUUGACGAAAAAGAUCUCCGAACCGGCUCUACUGAUACACGCAAUCCGGAGUCUCGACGACGCAAUAGACCUUGCCAAUUCUCGGGGAGAAAUCCACCUCGCUGCAUACUUUUUUGCCGACCUCCCAACGACCAAGUAUCUGAGCCAAUUCGUCAAGUCCAGGAUUUCGUUCGCAAACCAUGCACCAACAGAUCUGCUGGUCGGUCCUGCUGCACCAGCAGGAUUCGCAACUUCAGUACAACCGCGAUAUACCCAGGAUAUGUUUUCCCGUCCGUCCCCUGAGCAGGUGUCAGUGUCGCCUCAACAUCAUCUCUUGGUCAAUUUUCUUGACAGUAACAAUCGUGAAAGUCAGUCACAGACCGAACAUGAACUGAGUCAGCCGUUCACCCCAAUGAAUGAACCUUCCAGCAAUGCUAUGGGUUUCUUUGAGCAGGGCUUUGUGACAGGUGGAGUUCUUGGACUUGCUUCUAUAUUGACCGCAGUAACCUUAGUUGUUCGAUAUGGAGCACCGGUGAUCAGGAGGAAGUAG